AGCAGGCGGUGGUCUCAAAUUGAUGGUGCAAGCAAGAAUUUACUCACAACACGAACACAGUAAUUAAGAGUCGGCGAUGGCUAGCGUUGGCAAAGAUGAGAUGAUAAGCUAGUAGCCAGCGGACUAAGCCAAGAAUUGUGGUUUACCGCUCGUCUCUCCCUCUCUCUCUGUGUCUGCUUCCGAUUUCCUCGCGUCUGCUCCGCCCACCUCCCGCCCUCCUCUCCUCCUUCACUGAUUUCCCCAAUUGAUGGAAAAAUGCAAGAAAAAUUUGAUCUUCUAAUCUCUCUCUCCAGCGCUCAGGUUUCUGCAGAUCACAUGAAUCAGAAACCAAAAAGCCGAUCCUUCUUAUCAUUAAAUGAAUUCAAAAUAUAGGACACUGGCGGGUGUUGGGGGUUGAGAUGAGAUCUGAUCCGCCUGAAUCACUGUUUGUCUGUGCCAUUUUACCGUGAUCUCGUUUUCAGUGCAUUUGAUACAUUUCUCAUAUUAAGCACCUUCCUUUUCUCAAUCCCGAGACGAUAAACCCUCUCAUCUUGCUUCCUUGCUCUCUGAUUUGGCUCCUUGGGUCAUUUCCAGCCCAAUGAUUCUUUCAAUUCUUAUAUUACUGAUGAGUCUCAAAGCAAUCCUUGUGGCUGUGACUUAGAUUAUUGGGAGAAGGGCGACAGAGGUCUUCCCUUUGGGGGCACCAUAUUCCAUAGUACAGUUGGUGGAAGUUUCAGUUCUGUUGAAACAACACAGCAAUUCCAAUCUGUUGAGUCUCCACACAUUGAGCGGCUUUCAUUGGAAUGCCCCACGCAGGAGAUUAAACACCUGGUCUCGUGGGGUGCAAUGGAACUGCCGCAAAGAAACAGUAAUAACACACCUGCUAGCUUUGAAAUCUCUGGGGGUUCAUCUGUCCUACAUGCUAAGGUGGGUUCUAAGACAUCAUCUUCACUUCAUGAUAAAUUGGACAAGUCUCAGAGAAGGAGCUGCCACAAAAGUUUGCAGUUUGAUGGAAACAUAUUGAGCGAAGAAGAUGCCAGGUCCAUUUACAUCAAUGAUCCUAGAAGAACCAAUGACAAGUAUGAGUUCACAGGGAAUGAAAUACGCACGAGCAAGUAUACAUUGAUUACUUUCUUGCCAAAAAAUCUUUUCAUUCAGUUCCAUCGGGUGGCUUAUUUAUAUUUCCUGGCUAUUGCUGCUCUCAAUCAACUUCCUCCUCUUGCAGUGUUUGGGAGAACUGUGUCCCUUUUCCCUCUCCUGUUUGUGCUUUGUGUUACAGCUAUUAAAGAUGGCUAUGAGGAUUGGCGGAGGCACAGAUCAGACCGCAAUGAGAAUAACCGAGAAGCCUUAGUGCUACAAUCUGGCCAAUUUCUACCAAAAAGAUGGAAAAAGAUACGAGCUGGUGAAGUGGUGAAGAUCUAUGCUGACGAGACAAUUCCUUGUGACAUGGUUUUGCUGGGGACUAGUGAUCCUAGUGGUGUUGCUUACAUCCAAACAAUGAAUUUGGAUGGUGAGUCAAACUUGAAGACGAGGUAUGCCAGGCAGGAAACAUCUUUAGCUGUAUCUGAAGGUUGUACAAUUUCGGGGUUGAUCAGAUGUGAACGACCUAACAGGAAUAUUUAUGAGUUCACAGCCAACAUGGAAUUCAAUGGGCAUAAGUUUUCCCUCAGCCAAUCAAAUAUCAUUUUGCGUGGUUGUCAGCUAAAGAACACUGAUUGGAUAAUUGGUGUUGUGGUCUAUGCUGGACAGGAAACAAAAGCAAUGUUGAAUAGUGCAGCAUCUCCUUCCAAGAGAAGCAAACUGGAAAGUUACAUGAACCGGGAAACACUAUGGUUGUCUAUUUUUCUUUUAAUCAUGUGUCUAGUUGUGGCACUUGGGAUGGGCCUUUGGCUUGCACACUACAAGGACCAGCUUGAUACCUUGCCUUAUUACAGAAAGACAUACUUCACUCAUGGGAAAGAUUAUGGGAAGCGAUACAAGUAUUAUGGAAUCCCCAUGGAGAUUUUCUUCUCAUUUUUGAGUUCUAUUAUAGUGUUUCAGAUAAUGAUACCAAUAUCUCUUUAUAUUACAAUGGAGUUGGUUCGUCUAGGACAGUCUUAUUUCAUGAUUGGAGACAGACAUAUGUAUGAUGGUAGUUCUGGCUCAAGGUUCCAGUGCAGAUCAUUGAAUAUAAAUGAGGACUUGGGUCAGGUGCGUUAUAUCUUUUCAGACAAAACAGGAACGCUUACUGAGAACAAAAUGGAAUUCCAGAGGGCCAGUGUAUAUGGGAAAAACUAUGGUGGAUCCUUGGAUGCAGCUGAUCUGUUGCAGGAAGAGAACCUUUCUGCUUCCUUUCUUUUGAUAAUUGCAGCUGAAGCUGCAUGCAGGAGAUGGAAACUUGAAUCUACAAUCACUGUCGAUUCUAAACUCAUGAAAUUGUUGCACAAGGACUUGGUUGAAGAUGAGAGAAUUGCUGCACAUGAGUUUUUCCUUACACUGGCUGCAUGUAAUACUGUUAUUCCUAUUCGUACCUGUGAUAGAUCUUCUAGUUGUGCCAAGAGCCAAUUUCAUGAGGAUGUAGAAACUAUUGAAUAUCAGGGUGAAUCUCCUGAUGAGCAGGCACUAGUUGCUGCAGCCUCUGCUUAUGGAUAUACUCUCUUUGAACGCACAUCUGGGCACAUAGUAAUUGAUGUUAAUGGUGAGAAACUAAGGUUUGAUGUGUUGGGCAUGCAUGAAUUUGAUAGUGUUCGGAAAAGAAUGUCUGUUGUCAUCAGAUUUCCCAACAAUGAUGUGAAGGUGUUGGUGAAAGGUGCUGAUACUUCCAUGUUCAGCAUUUUAGCCAAAGGAAAUGAGAGGGAUCAUCAUGUAAGGCAUGCAACACAAUGUCAUUUGACUGAAUAUUCAUCACAAGGUCUACGUACACUUGUGGUUGCUGCAAAAGAUCUUACGGAGGCAGAACUUGAGCUGUGGCAAUGCAGGUUUGAUGAUGCAAGCACUUCUUUGACUGACAGAGCCACAAAACUACGUCAAACAGCAGCGCUUAUAGAAUGUGAUUUAAAUCUACUUGGGGCUACUGGAAUUGAAGACAAGCUACAAGAUGGUGUACCAGAAGCCAUUGAAUCUCUCCGGCAAGCAGGUAUCAAGGUAUGGGUUCUGACUGGAGAUAAGCAAGAGACAGCAAUUUCUAUUGGGCUUUCAUGCAAACUCCUUACAAUGGAUAUGGAGCAAAUCAUUAUAAAUGGCAAUUCAGAGGAGGAAUGCAGAAAACUUUUGGCUGAUGCCAAGGCCAAGCAUGGUGUGAAAUCAUCAGCUGGAGGAAACCACAAUUUAAAAUGCAGUAAGAAUGCUGAGGUUGACUACCUUGAGGUAUCUGAGGGGAAGAAAGAAGGAAUAGCGAAAGCGCCACUAGCACUUAUAAUUGAUGGGAAUAGUUUGGUGUACAUUUUGGAGAAAGAACUAGAAUCAGAACUUUUUGACCUUGCAAUUUCCUGUAAGGUUGUGCUGUGCUGUCGUGUUGCACCAUUGCAGAAGGCAGGAAUUGUUGAUCUAAUCAAGAGCCGAACUGAUGAUAUGACACUGGCUAUAGGAGAUGGGGCAAAUGAUGUUUCAAUGAUCCAAAUGGCGGAUGUUGGUGUUGGAAUAUGCGGUCAGGAAGGGCGUCAAGCAGUGAUGGCAUCUGAUUUUGCUAUGGGACAAUUUCGAUUUUUGAAAAGAUUACUUUUGGUGCAUGGGCACUGGAAUUAUCAACGAAUUGGUUAUUUGGUUCUGUACAACUUUUACCGCAAUGCAGUUUUCGUAUUAAUGCUAUUCUGGUAUAUAUUAUGUACAGCUUUUUCAACAACUUCAGCAUUGACCGAUUGGAGUAGCGUAUUUUAUUCUGUCAUCUAUACUUCUGUUCCCACCAUUGUUGUCGGUAUUCUGGACAAGGAUUUAAGCCAUCGGACACUGUUGCAGUAUCCUAAACUUUAUGGCGCAGGGCAUCGACAAGAGGCAUACAACAUGCACCUCUUCUGGAUCACAAUGGCUGAUACACUAUGGCAGAGUCUAGUCCUCUUCGGUAUACCCUUGUUCAUUUACAAAGGGAGUACAAUUGAUAUAUGGAGCCUGGGCAGUUUGUGGACGAUAGCUGUUGUUAUCCUUGUUAACAUACACUUGGCAAUGGAUGUUCAGCGCUGGGUUUAUAUUACUCAUGUUGCUGUUUGGGGGUCAGUGAUCAUUACAUUUGCCUGUAUGGUGGUAUUGGAUUCUAUACCCGUCUUCCCCAAUUAUGGGACUAUUUAUCAUCAGGCGAAGUCACCAACCUAUUGGCUCGCAAUCUUGCUCAUAAUAGUCAUUGCAUUGCUCCCCCGCUUUCUUUUUAAAGUUGUAAAUCAGAUUUUUUGGCCUUCAGAUAUCCAGAUAGCCAGAGAAGCUGAGAUUCUGAAAAAAGGUCCUGAUAAUUUGAGGCCGAGACCUAAUGGACGUUCCAGUUGACUUGUAUUCUAGUUUCUCGUAGGCACACACACACAGAGACAGAUGGCUUCCCUCGAGUUAACCAUUAUAUCCUUUUUCCUGUGGCGUGCUGUUGUGAUGCUCAAAUGUAAAUUAUGCAAGUGGGGUUUGUGCCAACAUGUGAAACAGAUGAUGUGGCAUUUGACAUCAGCAGCAGCAGCAGCAGCAUCACCAUGUACAGGAUAAAAGGGGGAUGAAGGAGGGAUGUUCUACACCAAACUGAUUGGUUGGUACAUACAGAGAAUGUCAUUGACAUGAUUCAGGCAGGUGAAGAAUUGGACUACUGCUCUGGAAGAUGGAACUUGACCAAUUCGGUUGAUAUUUAUUAUUCAAGAAAAAAAUAUAUAAUAUUUGGUGUUUAGAGUUUAAACAUCACGAUGUGAAGGUCCAAAGAAGAUAAGAGAGAGAAAGUGAAGUAUAUAUUUUUUUUAUUUUUUUUUUUGACCUUUUGAUUGGUUUUGUGCCAAAUAUCAAGGUUUGUCAAAUUUUCUUCCCCAACACAAACAAAUGGAAUGGGAGUAAAACAACUGUUGAAAUCUGA